AUGGAAGAUAGCCUAGAUCUGUUCUUUUCUUACUUUCCCAUUUUAUUCUUUGCCAUUGGUUUCAUAGGAAAUGUAUUGGUUAUCCGAAUCGUUCAUAAGACACGACAGAUGCAUACGCCAACGAAUUACCUCUUAGCUAACAUGGCCGUUAGCGAUGUCAUUACCAUUCUGCUGUUUUUAUGUAACGACUUUACUAAGGAUCAACUUGGACGUGUGAGUCAUAAAUUCGCUACAUUCGCUUGCAAGGCAUUUAGCAUCUCUGGAAUUUGUAUCACGGUUUCUUCUAUUACACUCACAGUUCUCGCUUUAGAAAGAUAUCACGCCCUGCUAAAACCCUUCAGAACCGAACUGCGGUUAAGCGAGGAUAACGUCAAGAAGGCCAUCGUUUUCAUUUGGACCACGAGUGUCGUAAUUUGCUUCCCACAGUUCUUCUUUAUAGAAUGGAGCGAGGAAGACAUUUCAUGUGUUGGCCCAUUCGAUAAAAUGACUGAAGGAAGAAAAAUUUAUACACUUCUGUAUUUUACAAUUUUCAUCAUGCAAUCGGCAAUCAUGAUUUUCUGCUAUGGAUCAUUGAUAAAGGGAAUUUACUUUACUUAUACAGUUUGCUCAGAAAAUGAUGAAAAAGGAAACUCAGAGAAAAAGCAACUGGUUUUGACAUUUCUCCUAGCGAGUUUAGCGUUUUUGAUCGGUUAUGGGCCUUCUAUAGUUCUCUACAUUCUUGUUGCAUCGGGAGAUAAUGAACAAAAUUAUGACUCAGAACUAUACUCUCUUCUUGACGACGUAUCAACAUUUCUGUUUGAAUUAACUUUAUGUCUUAACCCAAUUUUGUACGCUUUUCGUAGUUCAAGCUACCAGCAAGAGUUUAAACGCCUACUUACAUGCAAGAAACCGACACCGAACAAUGAUAUUGAGAUGGGGUAAGAGAGAAGAAGAGAGGAACACCUUUAAACUAUUUCUCUUCGCGUAGUUCAUAUCUUUGUGAUUUUAUUCUAAAUAGCAGUUGUUGUAAAAAUGUUUUCACUGCAAUAAUCUGUAAUAAUUUUUGCUCAUAAUAAAAUACUAUAUAUCACUAGUAUUAUAUAACAUUAUAUAGUAAAUCGACUGCAUAUCCCAUCAUCAUCAUUGUCAUCAUUGGUGUUAUUCAUUUUACAGAAUGUGAAAGUAAAUUACAGAACCAAAAACAAAAAAACGUACCAUGAGAUUGUUUACCUUCCACUGACUUUUUUUUGUCCCACUUCCAAUAUGGGAAAGGUACAAGUAAACCAGUUCAUGCAUUUUAAACAUUCUCUGUGUUAGGGAGGGAUAAAUUCCAGUUUGGGCUUUGUUUUUCGGAUUGACCAUUGUUACCCAUCAAAGCCGUAACAACAAGAAAGACACUUUUGUACUGGUCGAUAGUGAGAUAGCAAACGGGAGUUCAAUAACAAUAUAAAAAAUGAUAAUUCAAUGAAAAAGAAGAAGUAACAGCAUGCUUUUAGACAGAAAUAGCGUAGGUAUGAUUAUGGGCACUUCUUUGUAAAGGGGUAGGAACAUUCUCCCUUCAAUGUCACAAUUUUGUAGCUAUUGUAAGGCCCGAGCCACUUGGUAGAAUGGUUGCAGUAACUCGGGGAUCAUUGGCGACUUUUUUUAUUCAAGGCAUGAAUGUGAACAGCCACUUUUUCCAUUACUGACAUGGGAUGACCGUAUUUAUACGAGGAUUCAUGAUAGUAGUUGUGGUAGUCAAGUGGCCAUACUUCCCACGCCCGGCCGUCUCUGUUUAUCUUCGGGUCACAAACCGAGCCUUCGCCCAAUGUCUGUGGAUCAAACAAGAAGUGUCAUUUCCCAAACUAUGAUUUCGUCUUUCGAGUUUGAUUUCCCGCAAAACGCCCGACGGGACCCUCACUGAAGGAUAAUACACUGUCCGCUUAACAAGCAUCCACAUGCAAAUUUUUUGGACUGAUCACCAUACAUUUCCUUGAAAAAUAAGUUGAGAAAACGUUUUUAAAAACGAUCAAAGUAGGUAUGUGGGUUGGGUUAUACGCAUGGUUAAUUUGUUGAAAAUUAAAGCUUAAGGAAGAAACGACCUGACCGAAAACAGUCCGGUGUAUAAUUAUAGACACAUUAUUCAUAAAGCGAUCUUUAUUCAUAAGUUAAUAAUAACUAAGGCGUCUAUUAGUAUUAAAAGAAUGACACUGGUAACUGGGCAGGAAGAUAAUAUUUGCAGUAUGGAGAAAAUUAUUUGUUAGUAUGCAAAGACGUUAUUAUGCCGAAAAAAGGGAAGGGAAUUAAGAUCCCGUAAAAUUCGGAAAAUAAGGCCCGGGGCUUCUAUUUUUCAAAGACCCUAUUUGAGGGGCUUAUUUUUGGAGGGGCUUACAUUGGGAGGGGCUUAUCUACGGAGGGACAUUUGCGGUUCAAAAAUCGAUUAGGCUAGCUUAUAGUUGGAAGGAAUUUUACCUUUUUUUUUUUGUUUUACUUUGUAUUUGAGGACACUGUUUUCAAGUACAAGCCCCCGGGGGCUUAUAUUCGGAGGGGUCAUUUAACGAAACGUUUUUUGCGUUACGUUUUUGACGGGCUUAUAUUUGGAGGGGCUUAUCCAUGGAGGGGCUUAUUUUCGGAAUUCUACGGUAUGGGGAGGACCAAAGACAGGUGUAUGGCUAUUUAUAACUGACUUCAUAACGCUCUUCUAAUCAUAAAUUGUAGUCUUUUUAUUAUGUGAGACGUCCAUGCAAUUGCAUGGUAGCCAAUUAUUUAACAGCAUGGUCCAGUGGUAUUAAUGGAUCGAUUUCACAUUAUCUUAGUAAUAAUGUAAUAUCAACCUGCACUCUGAUCUUGAGAAUGCGUUUGAGUUUUUGUUUAGUUGCAGUCUAUGUUUAAGUCCACUUGUUUACGCUUUUCGAAGUGCUCAUUUUAGAGAGGGCUUCAAACGCGUUCUUACAACUUUUUGGAAGCCAACACCACAGGAUGACGACAUUCACUGAUUCAGAUACUCCAAGUCCCAACGUGAAGUCGAAGAAAAGCUGAGGUCUGAGAACUUCGCAGCAACACACACAAUACGAUUUGACAAUGCUGAAUAUAAUAGUUAAAUGAUGCCGAUUUUUCUGCUUGUUCCUGUUCUUAAUUGUACAUUAUUAUUCUGGGACGAUCCUUGCAGUUUGGAGAAAACCAUAGGUUCUUCUGAUUUCAUUACAUAAAGGUAUAGCUUCGCCAGUUCGAGAUACAGUAUUAAUGUUCUGCUAUGUGUUUUGUUCAGUGAUUCUUAAUCAGACAAAAAUAGUCAGACGAUACUUGAAUAACAAAGGCUUCGCAGGCAGCGUUUAGUUGUGUCCUAAGAUGGCCGUUGUUCUAGUUAACAAACUUAACAACUUUUUUUGAGACACUGUUUAUUUGAACUCUUUUUAGACCGGGCAUUUUCAAUUAUUAGUGUUAUUAGAAGGAGAUGGGUUACGGCUUUCGCUGUAAUCAACCAUUCAGGCUUAACAAACAAACUUGCAAGGGAAGUUUACACGUCAGGACAACUUUGAUCAUGAUUUAAAAUUGCCAUGGAAACAUCACAUGCAAAACAACAAUCGUUUACACAAAAAUUUGGCGCGACAAAUUUCAUGGAGAGUUUAGAGGGAGCCAUAGCAACAUAACUGUUCAAAGUAAAGAUUAGUCCAAUACUCGUCAAAACCACCCGCGAGUUUUGAUGUUUAACCUUAGCUAUAAUGGCUCUUGUGUUUAAUAAGGCAUUAGUUUUAAAAUGACAAAAGCACGCGAAGCUGAUAAUGAUUUUGUUGUAUAUUCUGAUCACAAACUGAUUCCUUUUUUAGAUUCAAGUUCCAGCAUCAGUGCCAUAUAUUGAACGAUAUCAAGAGCCAUAAUAUUAUGGCUCUUGACGAUAAAUAAUUCGUUACUAAUUUUAACUUUGUCUAUUUUACACUAUUAAAUUCACUCAGGCUCAGAAUAUUGCUUUUUCUUUUCCUUUUUCUUAGGCAAGUAAAUUGUAAAAUAAAACGGAAGAUAAACAAUUUAAGCAGGUGUUUUAAAGCCAAUAAAGAAAUAAGCGGUUAACCAAAGGGAAUUUUUUUCGUAUUACUUGAAGAACGGUGAAGAAAAGGUAGAAAAAAAUUUAAAGAAAGCAAGAGAUGACUGCUUCAAAAAUUGCUCCUAGCAAAAGAAGCUAUAGACAAACCGAGCAUGCUUGUUGGUAAGUAACGUUGUGGAGCCCUUUUCACCCGUUAAGUUAAUCAUAAAGCUACGUAUGAUUAUUACAAGGCCCCUUCAUAAAAAAUACGAUGCAAAUGGACCUUAUCAGUCACUUGAUGAUUAAAAUAUGACUGAAUAAUAAUUAGGUGGUAUACCUUGUCCCUUGAACUUUUUAAAUGUAAACUCAAAUCCUUUUUAAAGUUGUAAUUUUUAUUGUUUGUUUGUUGUUUUUAGGAGAGUUUUAUUCAUAGGGUUAACCUCUAGACUCUCCCUUUCAAAUUCAUGCGGUCAUUAUGAGUUUGAAUAAACAUGUAUGUUAUGUUAAAAAUGGCUUGUCUUUAUUUCACAGCGUUGAAUCAUGGAUGGAUGGAUGGAUGGAUGGAUGGAUGGAUGGAUGGAUGGAUGGAUGGAUGGAUGGAUGGAUAGAUAGAUAGAUAAAUAGAUAGAAUGUUUAUUGAAAUAAAUACAUGCUGGGCAGCCAGAGGCCAGCAGUACUCAACGACUGUUUUCUGUAACAUAUCUCUUCGGAGAAGCAAAUUUUGCCUGGAAUUAUCUAUCACUUUAGGACGGCUAAAAAUUUCUAGAUUACUCUUCCAUUCUGGUACAAUUUUCGAAGCUUAUCUUAUAAAAUGAAUCCCCUACGAUUUUGUGAAGUUUAAUUUUUCAUAUUUCACUUCUCAGGUUAGGUUAUUUUUGGUAGAAUAAAGGAAAUCUAAAAUUUUCGGAUUAAGAAAUGGGAUGAAGAGAGGAAUUGGUAAAAUUCUAACUUUCGUAAUACGUAAAACCCUUGUAAUUUCGAAACGGCUCAAGUUCCCCUAGGAUGGCCUAACAGAUAUAUAUAUAUAUAUACAAGAGAGGCUGAAUUGCGUAUUUACAAAUAAAACUAAGAUAAAAAUAGACUAAUUUACAAUUCAUCAAUAUUAAAAAUUCAUGCAUAUAAUAUAUAAAAGCAUUAAAACCGAAUCAUUUAAUUGUACUUUAGGCACGUUGACAAAAUGAAAGCGUUCUUAAAACGAUACGUCUUCCACUUUAGAAGGGCAACUGAGUGUCGGUGUUUUCUUAGUCAAUAUGAGCCUUAUUGGCUUCCGUUAAUAACUAAAUGUUAGGUUUGUUAUCCUUGUUGCCGAGGGCAACGUUCAAAACCUUGUCACAUAUGUCCUCGCAAUAUGAAAUAAUGGUUGGAAUACCUCGUCAUAAGACAGACUGCGGCAAAUGGUUGACAAAUGCCCUUUUUUGGACCCGCUCCAAGCUGCUCCAGCUCACGCUGUAAAUACUUGGGCAGAGCAUCAAAGAAAACAGGCGCUGCAUAAACUAGAAUUGAUCUUAUACAUGUGGCAUAAAAGAGAAUUGACUACUUUGUGUGAUAUCGAAUGUUCUACCGAACAGUUUAUUCUAAAAGGAGACAUCUUAAAUUCGAAUUUCUAUUGACUUAAACGAGCCCUAACAACGGUCUCCAGCAUGGAAGGUAGCCUAGAUCUGUUCCUUUCUCACUUUCCCAUUUUAUUUUUUGCCAUUGGUUUUAUAGGAAAUGUAUUGGUUAUCCGAAUCGUUCACAAGACACGACAGAUACAUACGCCAACGAAUUACCUUUUAGCUAACAUAGCCGUUAGCGAUGUCAUUUGAUAGACGUGUGACAUGUGAAUAGCGGAAGUUCCUUGUCUUUUCCGGUUUACUCUAGUCGGGGAGAUUCAACGAGAUUUUGUGGGCGUUUUUAAUAAAACAAUUAUUCCACUCGCGCUUGUUGGAUAUGAGAUGGUAGUUAGCCAACUCAUAUCCAACGCGCCCUCGUGUAAUAAUUGUUAAUUAUUAAAAACUGAAUCGUUGGAUAAUGCAAUUCUAGCAUUUUGAUUGGCUUAGCCGUUAUGGUACAUGAGCUGUUAUAGCAUGCUCUCCAUAUAUGGUCGGUGUACGCGUCAGUUUAAAAUUGGAAGCUAGCUGAGAUUUUUUUUCGCGAAGGAUAGAACGGCACCCGAAGCAAAUCGUUUUAAUUCAUUUCUUAGAAUACUAGAAAUGCAGUUUCGUCGAAAGAAAAAAGACAAAAACAGACAAAAAAAGCCACAAGAGCUUGUUUGAAAGUUUGUCGAAAAACACAUGAAAGCACAUGGAAAUAAAGUACCUUGACCAGCUACGAAAGAAGACAAGUGUUGUUUCUUCAUGAUCGCGGAGCCAUUCGCCGAUCGAGUCACUCGCCGAUAGAUGACUGCGGCUUGUUUAUCCGACAUCAAGAAUAUAAAUCACAAGUAACCAGCUACAAAUAUAGGCUAUGCAGCCAUUCACUAGAGCAAUCGAGGCGGCAGUAUAGCUUCUUUUCUCGUUCAGCAAAACCAGCUUGUGGCUUCUCCUAGCGAGUUUAGCGUUUUUGAUCGGUUAUGGGCCUUUUAUAGUUCUCUGCAUUCUUGUUGCAUUGGGAGACAAUGAACACUGUUCUUAAAGCUGUAUCAACAUUUCUUUCGGAAUUAACUUGAUGUCUUAACCCAAUUUUGUACGCUUUUCGUAGUUCAAGUUACCAACAAGAGUUUAAACGCCUACUGAUAUGCAAGAAACCGACACCGAACAAUGAUAUUGUGAUGAGGAAAGAGGGAAGAAGAGAGGAACACCUUUAAACUAUUUCUCUUCGCGUAGUUCAUAUCUUUGUGAUUUUAUUCUAAAUAGCGGUAGUUAUCAUAAUUUUUUCACUGCUCAUUUUUUGCUCAUAAUAAAAAAACUAUAUCUUAUUAGUAUUAUAUAACAUAUAGUAAAUCGACUACAUACCCCGUCAUCAUCAUUGUCAUCGUUGGUGUUCUUCACUACAGAAUGUGAAAGUAAAUUAGAGAUAAAAGCAAAAACGAAAAACAUACCAUGAGAUUAUUUACCUUCCACUGACUUUUUUCUAUCUUACUUCCAAUAUGGGAAAUGUACAAGUAAGCGAGUUCAUGCAUUUUUAACAUUCUCAGUGUUAGGGAUGAAUAAAUUCAAAUUUGGGCUUUGUUUUUCGGAUUGACCAUUGUUGCCUGUCAAAGUGGUAACAACAAGAAAAACACUUUUGUACUGGUCGACAGUGAGAUAGCAAACGGGAGUUCAAUAACAAUGAUAAUUCAAUGAAAUAGAAGAAUAGAAUAGAAACAGCAUGCUUUUAGGCGGAAAUAGUGCAGGUUGGAUUAUGGACCCUUCUUUGUAAAGGCUUAGGAACAUCCUCCCCACAAUGUCACAAUUUUGUUGCUAUUGUAAGGCCUGAGCCACUUGGUAGAAUGGUUGCAGUAACUCGGCGAUCAUUGGCGACUUUUUUUAUUCAAGGCAUGAAUGUGAACAGCCACUUUUUCCAUUACUGACAUGGGAUGACCGUAUUUAUACGAGGAUUCAUGAUAGUAGUUGUGGUAGUCAAGUGGUCCUACUUCCCACGCCCGGCCGUCUCUGUUUAUCUUCAGGUCACACACUGAGCCUUCGCCCAAUGUCUGUGGAUCAAACAAGAAGUGUCAUUUCCCAAACUAUGAUUUCGUCUUUCGAGUUUGAUUUCCCGCAAAACACCCCACGGGACCCUCACUGAAGGAUAAUACACUGUCCGCUUAACAAGUAUCCACAUGCAAAUUUUUUGGACUGAUCACAAUACAUUUCCUUGAAAAAUAAGUUGAGAAAACGUUUUUAAAAACGAUCAAAGUAGGUAUGUGGGUUGGGUUAUAUGCAUGGUUAAUUUGUUGAAAAGCUUAAGGAAGAAACGACCUGACCGAAAACAGUCCGGUGUAUAAUUGUAGACACAUUAUUCAUAAAGCGAUUUUCAUUCAUAAGUUAAUAAUAACUAAGGCGUCUAUUAGUAUUAAAAGAAUGACGCCGGUAACUGGGCAGGAAGACAAUUUUUGCAGUAUGGAGAAAAUUAUUUGUUAGUAUGCAGAAAAGUUGUUAUGCCGAAAAAAGGGAAGGGAAUUAAGAUACCGUAAAAUUUGGAAAAUAAGCCCGGGGCUUCUAUUUUUCAAAGGCCCUUUUUGAGGGGCUUAUUUUUGGAGGGGCUUACAUUGGGAGGGGCUUAUCUACGGAGGGACAUUUGCGGUUCAAAAAUCGAUUAGGCUAGCUUAUAGUUGGAAGGAAUUUUACCUUUUUUUUUGUUUUACUUUGUAUUUGAGGACACUGUUUUCAUGUACAAGCCCCCGGGGGCUUAUAUUCGGAGGGGUCAUUUAACGAAACGUUUUUUGCGUUACGUUUUUGACGGGCUUAUAUUUGGAGGGGCUUAUACAUGGAGGGGCUUAUUUUCGGAAUUUCACGGUAUGGGGAGGACCAAAGACAGGUGUAUGGCUAUUUAUAACUGACUUCAUAACGCUCUUCUAAUCAUAAAUUGUAGUCUUUUUGUUAUGUGAGACGUCCAUGCAAUUGCAUGGUGGCCAAUUAUUUAACAGCAUGGUCCAGUGGUAUUAAUGGAUCUAUUUCACAUUAUCUUAGUAAUAAUGUAAUAUCAACCUGCACUCUGAUCUUGAGAAUGCGUUUGAGUUUUUGUUUAGUUGCAGUCUAUGUUUAAGUCCACUUGUUUACGCUUUUCGAAGUGCCCAUUUUAGAGAGGGCUUCAAACGCGUUCUUACAACUUUUUGGAAGCCAACACCACAGGAUGACGACAUUCACUGAUUCAGAUACUCCAAGUCCCAACGUGAAGUCGAAGAAAAGCUGAGGUCUGAGAACUUCGCAGCAACACACACAAUACGAUUUGACAAUGCUGAAUAUAAUGUUUAAAUGAUGGCGAUUUUUCUGCUUGUUCCUGUUCUUAAUUGUACAUUAUUAUUCUGGGACGAUCCUUGCAGUUUGGAGAAAACCAUAGGUUCUUCUGACUUCAUUACAUAAAGGUAUAGCUUCGCCAGUUCGAGAUACAGUAUUAAUGUUCUGCUAUAUGUUUUGUUCAGUGAUUCUUAAUCAAACAAAAAUAGUCAGACGAUACUUGAAUAACAAAGGCUUCGCAGGCAGCGUUUAGUUGUGUCCUAAGAUGGCCGUUGUUCUAGUUAACAAACUUAACAACUUUUUUUGUGACACUGUUUAUUUGAACUCUUUUUAGACCGGGCAUUUUCAAUUAUUAGUGUUAUUAGAAGGAGAUGGGUUACGGCUUUCGCUGUAAUCAACCAUUUAGGCUUAACAAACAAACUUGCAAGGUAACAGCGAAUCAAGAAGAUGUCUAAGUUGAAAGUUUACACGUCAGGACAACUUUGAUCAUGAUUUAAAAUUGCCAUGGAAACAUCACAUGCAAAACAACAAUCGUUUACACAAAAAUUUGGCGCGACAAAUUUCAUGGAGAGUUUAGAGGGAGCCAUAACAACAUAACUGUUCAAAGUAAAGAUUAGUCCAAUUCUCGUCAAAACCACCCGCGAGUUUUGAUGUUUAACCUUAGCUAUAAUGGCUCUUGUGUUUAAUAAGGCAUCAGUUUUAAAAUGACAAAACCACGCGAAGCUGAUAAUGAUUUUGUUGUAUAUUCUGAUCACAAACUGAUUCCUUUUUUAGAUUCAAGUUCCAGCAUCAGUGCCGUAUAUUGAACGAUAUCAAGAGCCAUAAUAUUAUGGCUCUUGACGAUAUAUAAUUCGUUACUAAUUUUAACUUUGUCUGUUUUACACUAUUAAAUUCACUCAGGCUAAGAAUAUUGCUUUUUCUUUUCCUUUUUCUUAGGCAAGUAAAUUGUAAAAUAAAACGGAAGAUAAACAAUUUAAGCAGAUGUUUUAAAGCUAAUAAAGAAAUAAGCCGUUAACCAAAGGGAAUUUUUUUUCGUAUUACUUGAAGAACGGUGAAAAAGACAAACCGGGCGUGCUUGUUGGUAAGUAACGUUGUGGAGCCCUUUUCACCCUUUAGAGUUAAUCAUAAAGCUACGUAUGACUAUUACAAGGCCCCUUCAUAAAAAAUACGAUGCAAAUGGACCUUAUCAGUCACUUGAUGAUUAAAAUAUGACUGAAUAAUAAUUAGGUGGUAUACUUUGUCAAAAAUAGGGAGUUUAAGAUACGGAGACUACGGACUACGAACUACGGCUGGACGAGCGUAAAGGAGACAUCUUAAAUUCGAAUUUCUAUUGACUUAAACGAGCCCUAACAACGGUCUCCAGCAUGAAAGAUAGCCUAUAUCGGUUCCUUUCUUACUUUUCCUUUCUAUUUUUUGCCAUUGGUUUUAUAGGAAAUGUAUUGGCUAUCCGAAUCGUUCAUAAGACACGACAGAUACAUACGCCAACGAAUUACCUUUUACCUAACAUGUCCGUUAGCGAUGUCAUUACCAUUCUGUUGAUUCCUUGUAAGAAAUUUACUGAGGAUCAACUUGGACGUGUGAGUCAUAAAUUUGCGACAUUCGCUUGCAAGGCAUUUAGCAUCGUCGGAAUUUGUAUUAUGGUUUCUUCUAUUACACUCACAGUUCUCGCUCUAGAAAGAUAUCACGCCUUGCUAAAACCUUUCAGAAAUGAACUCCUCGAAACUCCGGUUAAGCAACAAUAA